AUGCCUCCGGUUGGUUGCGAAAAAUCCCAAGGUGAUGUGGAGAAUGAGCAUUGCAUAAAUGUGGACACCAUCAAAUCUUCUUUAAACUGCAUCAAUGUAUCUAAUGCUCAAUGCUUUCGACCACAAAAUGUUGGUUCUGUGAUUCCCCCACCAGCAAAUCCGUUCUAUCCGUUGUCGAAUCCUCGGGAUACUGAUCUAAAAUGUGAAAUAUGUUCCGAACCAGCCUAUUUGCACAACAUAGAACAUCAAAAAAUUGAUUGGGUGGGGAUACAUGAGCAGAUCUGUUCAACGUUAGGACGAUUAAGGAAACCAUUUGGUUUCAUUCCCUCUGAGGAAGAUCGUCGCAAGAAAAUGGAAGAAAUUCAACAUAUUCAGUUGAAAAUGGUUCAAAUAACAAAAAGGGCUGGACAGAGACUGCUGUUAUUAGGAAUGCCACAGGAGGCUGUCCCUGCGGCUUUGCAAUGUCUAAAAUUUUCGUCCAGUGCCUACGGAAUGGCAAGUGUUGAACUAGUUGUCCCCUAUCUAAUUUUAGCCGAAUCUAGUCUCAUGUUAAAAAGGAUCGACCAGGCUGAAUCGUAUCUUGCACAAGCUCAAUGGACAAUGUUAAAGACACAGCAUGAAUGCCCCCACGCUAUUAGAUCUGCGUUACACAGAAAAAUGGGCCUCCUUUAUACCGCGAAAGGGGAGUAUCAAGCUGCGUUGGAAAGUCUCGCGCAAGAUAUUUUUUAUUCAUCUUGUGCUUACGGACCAAAUCACAUUCGAACGGCUGGAGGGUACUUCCAGAUGGCCAGUGUUUUUUACAAAAGUCACUGUAAAGAUAUUGAGUUUGUGCGCAAUCUCGUCGAUCGCGAUUGUGAAGACUUUGACAACCGUUGCAAAGACGGACAAAAACCUACAGGGAAGCAACAAUUUCCAGGUGCGGAUAAUUGUCGUCCAAUGCCCCCCGCUCUAGUGCUUAAAGAAAGGCCCUCCUUCGACGAGAUGACAGCUUGUGUCAACUCUCAAACGUACAUGUCAAGGGUCUAUAAAAAACCUUCCGUGCUUCAGAGACCGGUAAAUAAAGACCGCGUGGCGGAUGAUCUGUACGCUCGUGUCGUUGAUAUUUGGGCAAAGUACUUAGCUUCAAUUAUUGCUUCGAGGAUUAAAAGACCUGAGACACCUUGCAAUUGCAAACGUUUGCUGCCGGAGCCGAAAUCUGACGAUUUGGAACUUGGUGAGUGA